GCCACGCAUCUCAUGGCAUUGCCAUGUGGAAGAUAGCUUAAUUCUGCAAAUUUUUCCCUGUGGCCUGCCCAAUGUCUGAGGACAGUGAUCCAAAGCACUACCUGUACUCAUCCCUGGACGGGCCUGAACGGACCCGGGAAAGGGUCGGCUUCCAGGUGGAGGAAGAGGAGGGUUCUCCCUGUGGCUCCAUUAGCCAACUUCACCGCAUGGCCAGCAGUUACAGCAAGAGUUGUGGUGGGCGGGAUGGGGUCGAGCUUGAACCAGAGUUGGGACUGGCUUCCGAGGGAAGCGACAGCAGCCAUGAACACCCUGCCUCGCCGGGCUCCCCGCACGAAGACAGGAAGCGGCCACGCCCACCCAUGCACGAGGAUGUAGAGAUGGGCGGCAGCGGCUCGAGUGGCAGCGGGACAGAAUCUCAUGGUAAUGAGUCGCAUGGCAACGAGUCCCAUGGCAAUGAAUCUGUGGGCAGCUCCAAUGGCAAUGGCAAGGACUCGGCUCUCCUGGAGUCUUCAGGGAGCAACAAAAGCUCAAACUCUCACAGCCCGUCGCCACCGAGCAGCUCCAAUGCCUUCAGUCUGGUGAGCUCCGAGCAGGACAACCCAUCAACCAGCGGCUGCAGCAGCGAACAGUCAGCCAAAGCGAAGACUCAGAAGGAGCUCUUCAAGACCCUGAAGGAGCUGAAGAUGCACCUGCCGUCAGAGAAAAGGAGCAAGGGGAAGUCCAGCACCGUCAACACGCUCAAAUAUGCACUGCGAUGUGUCAAGCAGGUGAAAGCCAACGAGGAAUACUACCAGAUGCUGAUGAUCAAUGACAGUCAGCCACCAGGGUUUGAUGUAUCAUCCUACACCAUUGAGGAAAUCAACCGCAUUACAUCUGAAUACACCCUCAAAAACACUGAUAUAUUUGCUGUAGCUGUCUCACUCAUCACGGGGAAGAUCGUUUACAUCUCGGACCAAGCGGCGUCCAUCUUGAACUGCAAGCAGGAGGUGUUCAACAAUGCCAAGUUUGUGGAGUUCCUAACGCCGCAGGAUGUCAGCGUGUUCUACAGCUUCACCACGCCAUACCGGCUGCCCUCAUGGAGCAUGUGCACCGGAGCAGAGUCGUCUCCCACGGAGUGCAUGCAGGAGAAGUCCUUCUUCUGCCGCAUCAGUGGAGGUAAGGAGCGUGAAGGGGAUCUCCAGUACUAUCCUUUCCGUAUGACUCCUUACCUGAUGAAAGUCCAGGACACUGAGCUUUCAGAGGAGCAGUUCUGCUGCCUCCUGCUGGCUGAGAGGGUGCACUCUGGAUACGAAGCUCCCAGAAUCCCUCCCGACAAGCGAAUCUUCACCACCACACACACGCCUAACUGUGUGUUCCAGGACGUGGAUGAGAGGGCUGUUCCUCUGUUGGGUUACCUCCCUCAGGACCUGAUCGGGACCCCUGUACUUCUCAAUCUGCACCCAAGUGACCGACCCUUAAUGCUGGCUGUGCAUCGCAAGAUUCUGCAGUACGCCGGUCAGCCGUUCGACCACUCCGUCCGUUUCUGUGCAAGAAAUGGCGAGUACAUCACCAUAGACACGAGCUGGUCCAGCUUCGUCAGCCCCUGGAGCCGCAAGGUCUCCUUCGUCAUCGGCAGGCACAAAGUCCGGAUGGGUCCUGUGAACGAAGACGUUUUUGCAGCACCAGUUUUCCACGGAGGGAAGAUCAUAGACUCGGACAUCCAGGAAAUUAGUGAACUGAUCCACAGGCUGCUACUCCAACCGGUCCACAACAUUGGCUCCAGCGGUUACGGUAGCCACGGCAGCAACGGUUCCCACGAGCAACUUGUGAGCAUCAGCUCGUCCAGCGAGAGCAACAUGACGCCGGGCGGCACAGCAGAGGAGACGGAGAAGGCCAAACCUCCCAGGACGUUCCAGGAGAUUUGUAAAGGGGUCCACAUGCAGAAGAACCAGGACUUGCAGGUCUGCCUGCACGCCUCUUUGCCCACGCCGCUACCAUCCAAACCUGAGCACAAGAAGACUACUGAUACAGCAGCAGCUCAGAAGAGUCCAACGGUGCGUCUGAAGGACUCCGCGCCCCCUCUGCAGGUCAGAGACAGUACUGUGGAAGAAUUCACCUGCAAAGACCAGACUGUGUGCUCUUACCAGCAGAUCAGCUGCCUGGACAGUGUCAUCAGGUAUCUGGAGAGUUGUAACAUCCCCAUCACAGUGAAGAGGAAGUACCAGUUCUCCUCAAACACCACCUCCUCCAACUCUGAUGAUGGCAAGAAGGGCUCAGAGGACAGCAUGCAUGUGCCUCAGGAUACAAACUCAGAUCCUUUGAUGCUAGACGCCCAGCCAGGCCUGCCAAACAUGAAGGCACCUAAGAAGCCUCCGUCUGCAGCCGCUGCAGUGGUAGGAGGCCCCCUGGCGCCCCUCACUCUGCCCAGCAAGGCAGAGAGCGUGGUGUCCAUCACCUCACAGUGCAGCUACAGCAGCACCAUUGUCCACGUGGGAGACAAGAAGCCUCAGCCAGAGUCGGAGAUAAUCGAGGAUGUGGCUGAGAGCCCAGCGCCCCCAGCUCUGCCCGUCAGCAUGGUGUCUCCGCCGAGCCAGGAGAAGGAGGCCUACAAGAGGCUGGGACUGACCAAACAGGUGCUGGCAGCACACACCCAGAAAGAAGAGCAGGCCUUCCUCAACCGCUGCAGAGAGCUCCGCAACGCCAGGAGCUUCCACAAGGAUUGCUCCAAAUAUCUGCACAAGCAGAGGGGUGCAGCCCACACUGAAGAAUCAUCUGGACCACGAGGUGCUGUCAAACAGGGCGCCACCAGACCUGAGACGACGGCCAAGAAAGGCAACCGUAACAGGAAGUCCAAGAAGCCACGAAUGAAGAAUCCUGAUUCGUCAGACAGCGCCGUGUUGAACCGUAAACCCCGCCCCCCUCUCCAGGGUCUCAACCAGACGUCGUGGUCCCCAUCAGAAGCCUCACAGUCAGCAUUUAACGUCUCCUACCCCACCAUGGUGCCUGCGUACCCGCUCUACCCGCCAGCACCUGCUGCCCCAGCUCAGCCCGCAUGCCUUGACCCCUCCCUCUCCACAGGCUUCGGAGAGGGGCAGAACACACAAGCUCCACCUGCAGCCACUCCAUUCCCCACCCCUGUUGUAACACCUGUGGUGGCUCUGGUGCUGCCAAAUUACCUCUUCCCCCAAAUAGGACAGAUAGGGCAGAUGGGGCAGUUAGGGGCGACGACCAGUCCGGUGUAUUUUCUUGAGCAGACCCAGACACAACCUGCAUACCCAGCCCAGCAGCCCUUUCAGCCCCCGCAGCCAGCCUACACCAUGCAAACACAACCCCCCUUCACCAACCAACAGUCAUUCCCUGUGCAGACUGCCUUUACCCCCCAGCAGCCAUUCCAAGCCGCUCAGACUGCCUACACUACCCAGCAGCCUUUCCAGGCUUCUCAGACUGCCUACACUACCCAGCAGCCUUUCCAGGCCCCUCAGACUGCCUACACUUCCCAGCAGCCCUUUGCUGCCCAGCCUUCGUUCCCAGUGCAGCCUCAGUUUGUCGCACAAGCCCCUUAUCCAGCUCAGCCUUUCCCCUACAGCCUAGCCUCCGAGCCCCCAAAAGCCCCGGCCGUGGAGCCCCGAGAAGGGGCGGCAUCACGCUCUUCCACCCCGGCCUCCGGGAUGCAGGAGCCGGCAACGUCGCCGCCGCUGUUUGAGUCACGGUGCAGCUCGCCACUGCAGCUCAAUCUGCUGAGCAUGGAGGAGGGGCAGCGGUCAGUGGAGCGUCAGGACAGCACGGCGCCCUCCGCUGGAGGUCAGGGCAGCAUCACUGUGACAGCGUCGGGAGGAGUGGGGGCGGUAGGAGAGAAGAACGGAGGAAUGGCCAAGAUUGAAAACCACCAACAGGCGGAGUCUCCAGGAGAUGGGGCUCACAGUGACGGUAACUCCUCAUCCUGCGACCUGCUGGAUAUCCUUCUGCAGGAGCAGGAGGACUCCCACUCUGGCACUGGAUCAGCCACCUCUGGCUCUAUGGGCUCAGGAUCAGGCUCUGGAUCAGGUUCAGGUUCAGGAUCAGGUUCAGGCUGCAACGGCUCCGGUACCUCAGCGAGUGGAGCUUCUGGGAGCAGAACAGGGAGCAGCAACACCAGCAAAUACUUUGGCAGCAUUGACUCCCUGGAACAUGACUCCAGGGCGAAAGCCAAAGCCAAGACGAGGGCCAAAGGAGGCUCUGAAGGUGGCCAGUCGCAGGCCAAAGUCUCAACUCAAGGAGAGGGAGAGCAUUUCAUCAAAUACGUUCUCCAGGAGCCCCUCUGGCUGCUGAUGGCCAACGCUGACGACAAGGUCAUGAUGACAUAUCAGAUGCCCUCCAGGGACAUUCAGAAGGUUCUGCGGGAAGACAAGGAGAGGCUGCGGCAGAUGCAGAAGAGCCAGCCUCACUUCUCCUCAGACCAGCGACGAGAGCUGGUGGAGGAACACCCAUGGAUGAGGAGGGGGGGUCUACCUGCUGCUGUCAAUGUGAAGGAGUGUUUGUACUGCAAGGACGCAGCAGGGGCACCCAUGGAGGAGGACCUGCCCGACAUGGACAUGGGUGGGCUGGGCGACGAGCUGAGCCCAGAGGACCACAACACUCAGAGCCAAUCAGAGGACUCGCAUCCUCAACCAAAAUCGGGCUCCUGAACACACACACACACACACACCGCCAGCAGGGGGACACACUUGACUUGACCAGCCAUGGACCCUGAUGAUGCUCACACACACUCACAUGCACACACAUCGUGGAUGUGAGACAAACAGUUGUGUGCCUGACCAUCCUCACAAACCCACACAUAUGUCUACACACACACACACACACACACACAGCAAACAGAACUUAUGAAGAUGUGCGCUGUUCAUUUGUUCGUGUGUGUUGGACGUGGGACAGCUGUUGGAGUGCAGUUCUUAAUGCCCCCACACAGGGGCAGCAGUGCUUGAUGGGGGGCUUUG